UCUCCUUUACGCACAGCCACACUGCGCACUCUCCCCGCCUCCGACAAGUAUUUGCGUAAACGCGCUCCUGUGCGGACUGACCUGCCUGCGUGCCCGUCCUCCCAGCAGCUUCUGAGAAAUUUCCCAGUGCGCCGCCUCGGUUUAUCCGCUUCUCCCAUUGCAGCCAACUAACUUUUGCAUUCUGUGGAUCUAAAAGAUGGACGUUUAGCCAAGAGGGGGAGACCAUUCCACGGACAUGUCGUGCCCGUAGUAUACUGCACCGCAAAGAGCUGCCAUGUAGCAACCUUCCGAAAUCACACCGACCAUGUACUUCUUUUUACUUGAAGGGGAAACCACAAAUGUAAUGUGAAGCUCUCGGUCGCAGCUCGGCUCUCAGCAAGUGCAUCUUUUCAGAGCGUCACAGAUCUUGCCGGUGACAUCUUUUCUUUUGUUUUUGUUUUUGUUUUUUUUUCGAGUGAGGAAGCCAAUGUGCUGUCGGUGGUUCUGCAGUUCGGUUCGGAUCUUGGAUUGAGUAGAUGGACGAAGGGAGCGGCUGGAGCCCCGAACCAGGGCAGCUGAAUCCACAUUCAUAGAGCCUGCGGUGACAUGUCACGGAUAGUUGUCCGUCUCCAAAGGUUAGGGUGUGAACUGAUGAGGUGGUUGACUUCUUCUUAAGCACACAGAGAGGAGAGACUCUUGUUUUCUGUCCACAGUGGGAAUUCAAGGUAACCCAGCGGAGUGUGACUGCCCAAGACAAGGAACAGAAUCUGCCGUCUACUUUAACAUGACCAAUAUGUGUCUGCAUACUUGAGUGGACCAACCAAGUCACGAUCACUGUCCCCUUUGUGUGAAGUAACAUGGACAAAGUGGUCAUCAGUCUCCUGCUUCUGGGAUUCACACUUACAAUGGUCCAUGCAUGUCCGAAAUACUGUGUGUGCCAGAACCUCUCAGAAUCUCUGGGGACGCUUUGCCCCUCCAAAGGUCUCCUCUUUGUCCCACCGGACAUUGAUCGGCACACUGUGGAGCUACGAUUGGGCGGCAACUUUAUCCUCAAGAUAACAACUCAGGACUUUGCCAACAUGACAGGUCUGGUGGACCUCACCUUGUCCCGCAACACCAUCAGCGCUAUCCAGCCUUUCUCCUUCAUAGACCUUGAGACCCUGAGAUCCCUUCACCUUGACACUAACAGAUUGACUGAGCUUGGGCCAGAUGACCUCCGAGGUCUGAUCAAUCUGCAGCACCUGAUCCUCAACAACAAUCAGCUAAGUCACAUCUCCAAAGCGGCCUUUGAUGACCUGUUGCUGACACUGGAAGAUUUGGAUUUGUCUUAUAACAAUCUACUCAGUGUGCCUUGGGAAGCGAUCCGCAAGAUGGUCAACGUUCAUCAGAUGAGUCUGGACCAUAAUCUCAUCUCUUUCAUUGCUGAGGGGACUUUUACCGAUCUGGAAAAACUGGCUCGUUUGGACCUUACAUCCAAUCGUCUGCAGAAGCUCCCACCGGAUCCUAUCUUUGCACGUUCCCAAACCAGCACUGGCAUGAGUACUCCAUACAUACCUCCAUUAUCUCUAAGCUUUGGUGGAAACCCAUUGCACUGUAACUGUGAGGUGCUUUGGCUUCGGAGGCUCGAACGAGAGGAUGAGAUGGAAACGUGUGCUUCUCCUACAAGUGUAAAGGGACGCUACUUUUGGUCUGUACGAGAGGAGGAAUUUGUUUGUGAGCCUCCCCUCAUCACACAGCAUACACACAAAUUGCUAGUGCUAGAAGGCCAAACUGCUAGUCUGCGCUGCAAGGCAGUUGGUGAUCCAAUGCCAACUGUGCACUGGGUUGCUCCUGAUGACCGACUGAUCAGCAAUUCCUCUAGAGCAACUUUGUAUGAAAAUGGCACCCUUGAUAUUACAAUCACAACAUCCAAGGAUUAUGGAACCUUUACAUGCAUAGCUGCAAAUGCUGCUGGGGAAUCCACAGCUUCCAUAGAGUUGUCUAUUAUUCAGCUCCCUCACCUUACAAACGCUACAAACCGCACUACCCAGUCCAAGUCUGGUCUUUCAGACAUAACUAGUUCAACCAAGAUCAGUAAAGGGGAGCCUAAGACGCUGCCUGAGAAUGUGGUAUCUGUGUCAGAAGUGUCCGCAGCUUCAGCCCUGAUUAAGUGGACAGUAGGCAACUCAACUCCAAAGGUCAAAAUGUAUCAGCUUCAGUACAAUUGCUCUGAGGAUGAAGUUCUCAUUUACAGGAUGAUUCCAAUGACUAACAGAGCCUUCAUAGUCACCAAUCUUGUCCCAGGGAUGCAGUAUGAUCUGUGCGUAUUGGCCAUCUGGGAUGACAGUGCCACCACCCUUACAGCCACCAACAUUGUAGGUUGUGUCCAGUUCAUGACCAUUGACGACUAUCCCCAAUGCCAGUCUCUUCACAGUGGUUUCUUGGGUGGCACCAUGAUCUUGGUCAUUGGCGGUAUCAUUGUGGCCACGCUACUUGUGUUUAUCAUCAUCCUCAUGGUGCGCUAUAAGGUGACCAGUGGCAUCCAGACUAUAAAGUUACCCAAUGUAAGCAAUACGUACUCACAGACCAACGGGGGUAUGAACAGGUUCAACGGUGCCCCGCCACAAGUCAAAUCAGCUGUGGUGGUCAUGCGUGAGGAAAUGGUCGAGUUUAAAUGUGGAUCCCUUCAGAGCAGUAUCUCAUCAUCGUCAUCCUCCUCCAACUCACUGGAUAGUCAAACAGGAAGAAGGGUUGGUGACUGCUACAGUAUGCAAGGAGCUGAAUGCAGCACCCUGCCCAGCAGCAAGUUCCGUAGGCAGAGGCACAGCCACAAACCACAACCAAACCUGGACCACCUUUUAGGAGCCUUCACCACAAUGGAGCUUCGUGGGAUAACCAGGGACCAUCAACCUGGCCCCUCCACAGCUACCAAUACUAUGAUUACAGGAGCUAUUGCGCCCCUAUCCGACAAAGAACCUCUACUUGGAAGAGCAGAGUCCACCACCAUGCUGGGCCGUCUCCUAGGGCUACCCCAGGAAGGUAAACCUAAAAGGAGCCAUUCCUUUGACAUGGGUCAUGUGGGAGCGACACAGUGCCGUGGCAGCUAUCCUCGCAGGAUCAGUAACAUUUGGACUAAACGCAGUUUGUCAGUUAAUGGCAUGCUACUACAGUAUGAUGACAAUGAGGAUGAUAAGCCUAGUUUUGAGGGCUCUGAGUGGGUGAUGGAGAGCACAGUCUGAGUACUAUUGGGCCAAUUAUACUGGACCACAAUAUACUUUUCCUAAAUCAUAAACUAAAGAAAUAUAAGCUCAGAAGGGAUGGAUGUUCCACAGGGGACCAGUGUUUGUGUAUGACAAGUCCAACCAUGUCAUUUUUCAACAACAAAUUUAACUCAGACAGUCUUCGACUGUAUAUACAAAAUAUUUCACCUUUCGCGAGUCUUGGAUUGCACAGCAAUGACCUGGAAUACUCUCCCUCUAUUUGGCACAUGAGAGUAUCACAAGCAAAGAGGGAAAAGAGAGGAGAAAUUCUGAGUGGAUUUACUGGGUCUUUAUCAAAUGAAUUGACUGCCAAGUGGAUUUGCCGCAGCUAUGGUGAAUGGGAUGUACUUUUGUGUGACCCACUGCGUGAAAUAAGACUACUGCCGCAGUUGAUCGAAGGACGUCAGGAUCACAAUUGUGGGGAAAAAAGUGACUUACAUUUUACUUUUAUCAUUUAUAAUAUUUAUUGUUUUGAGUAUUGCACCGAGUAACUGAUGUGCAACUCGCUUAUCACUGUUAUCCAGCAGAAUCAAAAUAUCACAAAAGGUACGAUUCAUAGAGCCAUUUCAUACCACAUUAUGUACACCCACUGCAAUUUUUAGUCGUAUACAGUAAUAGACCAAGCACAAUAUUUACCAAAUGGCCCCAUUGUCAAGAUAAAGUACCAGAUUGGAACACAUCAAACCUUGCUUUAUACUUUGGUAAUGUAUGCUUUGUGGGUUUUAACAGGAAAAUAAUUAAACUGAAACUGCACUCCCAAUAGACAAGGUCAUAAAUGGGUCGAAGUAGGACAGAUAAUAACUUGUUUGCACACGAUUCAAAGAAAUGUAGCACACAACAGGUCAAAACAUUUUUAUCUAAUCUGUAUUGACAUUCAUUUGCUUUGUAUUCCACGAUUAAGGCUGGUGACAAUGGUCAGAUGAAUCAGAGUAACAACAUUUUACACGGUUUAUUUUUGGUAAUGCAACGAUGGGGAUAUUGCAGCCUGGCUAGGUUAAAAAUUAGCCCUGUAUUACAAUAACUGGAGCAAAAAUUUAAAAAAAAACAAACAAACAUGCAGAUCAUGGGCAAAGGUUCUCGAAACUGUUAAACCAGAUGGCAUGGAACAAAAAGGCAAAGAAAGAGUUGCUAUGUUAUACAUUGUUUGAGUUCGUUUAUCCAGCCGAGCUACAGUAUUUAGCAAUCAUUCUCUUUCAUUCAGAGCUGUAAAUUACAUCUACUUGUAAUCGGUGGCUAUUCAGAAUUACAGUCUGAGAUAUAUCCACUUCCCAUUUUGAUGCCUUUCUUAAUAUCCUAUGGUUUUUGCUGCAUCUGGUUCUGUUGGGUGUUUAUACAUUUGUUUUUAUUGUUUUGAUCCCUAGGUGUAGCAUUCUGUAUAUUGGCAUAUUUUCUACAAAUAACUGGGUGGAAUGUAAAAGUGAGGAUGUCAUUUGGUCGUGUUUUUAUUUUCACUGCAAGCAAACAGUGAAGGUGCUUUACUGUGGUGUACUAUUGGUCGUUUCUAGCUGGCUCAGUGAAACAAGAGAAGCGGGAAACUACAUGAUCCAUUAAAAAAAAAUCACCCAAAUGGUAAAAAACAAAUAAAUACAUAAAUAAUUCUUGCUGACAGACAUUGUCUUUUUCCCCCCUUAAUUAAUAGUCAUAAAAUUGUAUGUUACGGUACCUCUUGCCUCCACUGAGUUGGUGUCACCAAAAAGACAAGAAGUGACACCAAUGUUGAUACCUUUGUAUUUUGUGAAUGGACAAUUUAACUUACUAGUUCUAUUUGUGUCAUCUUGUAACAUACCGUUUCACGCUGCUAAGAAUACAGUUGUGUGCGUGACAUGGCUUAGUCAUGAUUCUAAGAAUCAAGGAUUAAAAAAAAACAAGAACAAAUGU